AUCUAACCGUAUGAGAAUCUACCUAGAUUAAGUUCCAUGUUUUAUUGUCGACCAGAUACCAGCAGCCACCUGCACUCUGUAGGCCCUGUUACCUGUGCCUGCUUUUGCUAAAGCUCACAGUUAUCAGAAAUAACUGGUUACUAUGCUAAUGAAGGCUGGUGGCUGAAACUACUGACGCAACUUCUAUUUCAUCAACAUGAAUGUGAAUGCAAGUUGGUGAAAACAAGUGCACAAACUUCGUAGACGACUUUAGUUCUUUCCUACUUUAAUCCAUCAAUCCAUAGUUUCCUAUACCUUCCCAAAUACAAUACAAUCAGUUCGGAUUGUCUACAGUCAAAAUAUCACCAAAUUCUACAGAUCUUCUCCACUGCAGCUUUGAUUGCGUCUACACAAUACACAUUCAACACCUUUCUUCUCCGCGCACCUCUAAAAGCUCAAGGGCACCCUCGCCAACGCAUCCUACAAGUAGUGCCUAUUACUGCCCAUUAUCAUGGCGUCAAAGGCAACACCCACCAAGGAGGCUUAUCCCCAGUUCAGCGCUCGAGAGAUGGAGGUUCUCGCAAUAGCUUGGCAGUGCUUUGAGGUUGCCCCCAAGAUCAACUGGGACAAGCUCGCCAAGCUUGCCCCUUUCAAGAACGUCUCAACCGCUCGUUCUUGCUUCGCACCCAUCAAGAAGAAGCUGGCCUUAGCUUCGGGUGAAAUAACGGCAGCUCAGACCAGCGAGCCCAGCACGCCCACCAAACGCGGCGGAAAGCGCAAGGCUAGCGUUGAGAAGACUCCCCGCUCCGGCAAGAAGGCCAAGACCGCCAGCAAGGCUCUUUCCAGCUUCGAGGAAGACGACGAGGAAGAAGCCAAUGCUAAGAUCAAGGCUGCUAUCAAGGCUGACAUCGAAGCUCAAGAAAAGAAAGAGAAGGAGGAGGAUGAUGCUAACGACUUGGUUUAAUGGCAUUGUCUUAUGUAACCACGCGUUUACAUAUGAUUCAGGCUUCAUAUAUGACAUUGAAAUGGCUCGACAACGAAGAUCGGCCUUCGGUUUUUUUUUUCGCCUCCGGAUAGUACACCCAUCUCGACUAUCGUUGACUAUCGAUUACGCAUA